AUGCUUGCGAUAGCAACACAUGUUCCUACUCACGAGAAAACUUAUUCAUAUUCCAAGGGAAUCAAAUGCACGAUGAACUCUUUAAUUUUCCUCUUCUUAGGAGUGAUUAACUCUAAAGUCACACAAACAUGCGACCUAAUUCUCCCAACAGAGAUUCUACCACCUGUUGAAUUGACAUCGUUCUUGAGUACUCAGAUCAAAGAAUGCGCAGAACAAGAUCCACACGCACAUCUCGUCGUAAAUUUUCCAGCCGAAAAAAUGAAAAUUGCAUCGCUAACACUUUCCACAAAUACAACUUAUCAUUUCCCUAAGGGUUGUGAGAUAAUUGCAUCAGAAAACGAAGAUGAUUAUCAGGUCAUGCCGACUCUACCGAGCUAUUGCAUCGCAAGAGAUGGACUAGCAGCGAGCAAGAGUGGACUUUACCGCUCGGUUUUCUACGGCUCGCAAGUUGAAAACGUAUUCUUCACGGGCAAAGGAGUCAUAAAUGGAGAAGGCGUAAAUUGGUGGACGAGGAAUUCGGAAACCUUGAAGUUCGAACGGCCAAGGCUUUUUCAAUGUCUUGAAUGCAAAAAUGUCAAGAUCGAAAAGCUCACAUGGAAGGAUUCACCCUUUUGGACGAUUCAUUUUGUUUACUCUGAGAAUAUCGAGAUUUCUGAUGUUGCCAUUCUCGCUCAGCACAACAGCCGAAAUACCGAUGGAAUCGACAUUGAUAGCACCUCAAAUGUUCAUAUCCACGAUGUAUUCGUUGAUGUUGGAGAUGAUAGCGGCUUUGACUACUGUGGUAGAGAAUUUGGUAUGCCAACGAAAAAUGUGCUCGUGGAAAAUUCAGUCUUUAUUAAUGAAAACUUUGCUGUUGGGAGCGAAAUGAGCGGUGGUGUUCAGGAUAUUGUAGUUAGAAACUGUGUCUUUGGAAACUUCGACUCUGACGAGUUGUUUGAUGCAGGGAUUGACUUCAAGAGCUCUAUUGGUCGAGGCGGAAAAGUCUUCAACAUCACUUUUGAAGACUUGACUUUCCGAAAUUGUAAUGGACCGGUGAAGAUGUCGACGAUUUAUUAUUCAUCGUCAAAUGAAAGAAACGAAACGAGCAUCGCGGAGUUUUAUGAUAUAACCAUGAGAAAUUUGCAAGGAAGAGGGUUCAGACAAGCUGGCUGUUUUAUUGGGACUCCUGAGUAUCCUAUCACAGGAUUGACAUUUGAGAAUGUUCUUUACAGGGAGUUUGAAGAGUACCACUACUUCCAAGACUCACCGAAUCCAGAAGUCGCCGAUGGUGUUUUGGAGCCGCCGAUUUCUAUCAACGCUGAAAAAUGCUAUGUUUAG